AUGGCAGUGGAGAGCGCGGUCAUGGCGGUGCUCUCCAAACUUGCCGCCCACGAGGCCGAGGAACUGCGCCGGAUUGGUGACGACACGCCGCUGCUGCGUGACCGGCUCCAGUGGCUGCAGGCAUUCCUCCGUGACGCUGACCGGAAACGCCGGGUGGGCAUCCCUGUCGACGGGCUGAGCCUUGUCUGCCUGCGCCCGAUGCGCGACAUUGCCUUCGACGCCGAGGACACCCUCAAUGACUUGAUCUUCCACCACCAGGUUACCUCAAGAAGCUGCGGUUAUGAAAGCCAGAAAACACCGAUGAGAUACUUUGUUGACGUCUUUUCUCGGAUGGCAAAUCGAAGCGAGUUGGCCAGUCAAAUCAAAAGAAUUAGAACAGCACUUGACCAGAUCUUGGAUAACGAAAAGUACUGCAGGGACGAGCAUAUAUCAACGAUGGCACUGAAAGCUUCCACCAUGGCCAUUGCAGCAUGGUACGUGACACCGGUGGCCCUUACAACUCCCACCGUGGCCAUUGAAGCGUGGCGGGAUGACCUGGAGAAUGUUAUGGGAUUUGACAAGGACAUGGAGAUUCUUAAGAGGAUGUUGGUCCAUAAAGAUGAGAAUAGUCACCACCAAAUGUUCAUAUCCAUUGUUGGGGAGAGUGGUGCAGGGAAGAACACACUCGUAAAGCUUAUUUGUGAUCAGAUAUGUACAGAGAUGGAUGUUUUAAUCAGGUACGACAUGAUGCCCGGUUCCAGCACAAAAGAUCUCCUCAAAGAUGUGUACAAAAUGGCAUUGCGUCAAUCUGCAUGUCGGUGUCAUGAGAUGGAGGUGGAAGAAGAUACUGAUAGUAUAAGUGAAAAGAUCCAUGGUUUGCUUAGUACAAAGAGGUACUUAUUGAUCCUCAGUGGGAUUUCCUCCAAAAGCACUCUUAGUUGCGUGAGGGCGAGCUUGCCCGACAGUGGCAAUGGAAGUCGUGUGAUGCUCAUCUUGGACAGUGAAAAUGAAGAAGUCGCUUGGCAUGCUAAUACCAUGAAUAGAAAUGGCUUCAAUGGAGUACACCUGAUGAGCCCAUUGGAUCAAGCAAGAAGUGCACAACUAUUCUUUCGGAAAGUGCUGAGAAAAGCACAGUAUGAGUCAUGGUUGUCAGCCAGCGAAAAGCGAAGAAACCAGAAUGAUGAGAGGUGUGGUCGACAUUAUGAGUUACCAGGAAUGAUUGGGAAUGAGCAAGAGGAGGAGUAUCGAGAUAAUGAUUUCCAGAGAAAUGUUCAUAGUGUGACGGGAGGACACCCCAUGGGCAUACUGCUUCUGGCUGGAAUGCUUCGGUUCAAGGAGAAAUCAAUUCAGUGGGAUGUAGUGUUAGAACAACUCAUGUCUGCAAGGUAUCCGCAGCAGUAUCCGCAUCAACAAAUGUCCAGCACAACAAGAAGGGCGAUAGAGAGCAUCUUCUGGACGAGCUUUGAGGAUCUCCCCAAUGAUCUGAAGUCAUGCUUCUUAUACUUCGCCGCCUACCCGCAGGACACAUGGCAAGAUGCUGAUGAGAUCGUUCACAUGUGGAUAGCAGAAGGCUUCAUCAACAAGAGGCCAUCACAACAUGGGAAGACUCUAGAGGAGGUCGGGCAUGGCUACCUGAAGGAAUUGGUCUUGAGAUGCCUUCUUCAGCUGGAGGAGAGGAAACUUGGCCAUGGCAUUGGGGUAGUCAAAGUUCAUAGAAGCCUUCUGGGGUUCCUGCAGUCUGAGAUUUCCAAGAUUGGCUUCAUGGAUAUUAUCCACAAUGUUAAAUAUAAUGUCGUUUUGCCGCCAUCAAUGCGUCGCAUCUCUGUCCAGAGUGAUUGUAUACCGAUGUAUACCACCUACCAAAAAUUCCCAAAAUUGCAUUCCUUCAUAUGUCACAUUGAUGAGAAGAAGCACAAACAAGUUGAAGCUCGGCAGAUGUGGACAAAGAAGAAGAGUGUUCACAAUGAUAUCAAGUUUCUAUGUUGGUCAAAGUUCCUUCAUGUAGUCUCCUUGAAGGGGCUGAUGCUUGAAGCUUUGCCGUGUGAGCUUGGUGACAUGAUCCAGCUGCGAUACCUAUGUGUCGACUGCCCCGACCUGCACAUUCUUCCAUCCAGCAUUGCCAGGCUACUCAACUUGCAGACGCUCGACAUCAGAAAUACCCAGGUAGAGGAGAUUCACCAGGAUUUUUGGAAGAUCAAGACUCUUCGUCAUGUGCUUGCAAAAACACUGGCACUUCCUGCAAUGCCAAUGCCACUAGGUGUGGAAGAACAAGAAGAUGAUGAGGUUGUUAGUGAGCUACAGACGCUCCACGGCGUAAAGCCCGCCUCCUCGGGGUUGGGAGAGUGGACCCCAUUGAACAAAAAUAUGACAAGAAGCCUACGGUCAUUUGAGAUGCACGGUUUCCAGUAUGCAGGACACGGAGGACCUAUAUUUGAGGCUGCUCUCCAGAACAUGUAUCUCCUUGGCCACCUGAGUCUACAAGGUGAUGAGAUUCCUUCAUGCGUCUUCACCAACACAGGCCUUCAGAGCCUCGAGACCAUGGAGCUACAUGGAAAAGUGAGGUGGGAUGACAUCGUUCCAGUGGUGGAUCUUCUUCCCAAGGUCCGUCCAAACCUCGUGCAAAUCAAAAUGCGAGAUAUCAAUGAGGUACCUAAAAUCAUCAAGCAACAACUAGGAACAAUGCUGAUUGGAGGGAAACAAGACUCGUGCAAACCGGACGGCGAAAGAACCAAGCUGCAUGUGGCAUGA